CGCAGGUGAGCGCCGCUUCCGGGGUCGCGAGACCACAUCGCGGCCGGCUCUGGCUUUCACUCGCUUGGGUGUGCGGGAGACUAUGGCGUCCUCCUCGGUCCCGCCGGCCACUGUACCGGCGCCGACAGCGGCUUCCGGCACGGGUUUCGGCUUCGCUUCCAAAACCAAGAAGAAGCAUUUCGUGCAGCAGAAGGUGAAGGUGUUCCGGGCGACCGACCCGCUGAUGGGCGUGUUCCUGUGGGGCGUAGCCCACUCGAUCAAUGAGCUCAGCCAGGUGCCUCCCCCGGUGAUGCUGCUGCCAGAUGACUUUAAGGCCAGCUCCAAGAUCAAGGUCAACAAUCACCUUUUCCGCAGGGAAAAUCUGCCCAGUCAUUUCAAGUUCAAGGAGUAUUGUCCCCAGGUCUUCAGGAACCUGCGUGAUCGAUUUGGUAUUGAUGACCAGGAUUACUUGGUGUCCCUUACCCGAAGUCCCCCGAGUGAAAGUGAAGGCAGUGAUGGUCGCUUCCUUAUCUCCUAUGAUCGGACUCUGGUCAUCAAAGAAGUAUCCAGUGAAGACAUUGCUGACAUGCAUAGCAACCUUUCCAACUACCAUCAGUACAUUGUGAAGUGCCAUGGCAACACCCUGCUGCCCCAGUUCCUGGGGAUGUACCGGGUUAGCGUGGACAACGAAGACAGCUACAUGCUUGUGAUGCGCAACAUGUUUAGCCACCGUCUCCCUGUGCACAGGAAGUAUGACCUCAAGGGCUCCCUAGUGUCCCGGGAAGCCAGCGAUAAGGAGAAGGUUAAAGAAUUGCCCACCCUUAAGGAUAUGGACUUUCUCAACAAGAACCAGAAAGUUUAUAUUGCUGAAGAGGAGAAGAAAGUCUUUCUAGAGAAGCUAAAGAGAGAUGUGGAGGUGAUGUUUGGGGUGCUGUGAGAAAUGGCUUUGUUUCCCUUUUUUGCUCC